GUUUUACGUACCGAAAUGAAACUACAAGCAGGAGAAAGUGAGAGCCGACGUAGCAUACAGUAGGUACCAGAAGGCAGCCGGUUGGACUCCUUCAGGCCAAGAGGAUAGAUAUGGUGUGUAGAGGACACCAUUGACUCCUGUAGACAAUUUUUCAAUUUACUCACGGGGGUGUUUUUCUUUAAUUUUCGUUCUCUUUUAUUUCUCCUCGUCUACGGGAGGCACUUUUCCAUCCUCUUCAACAAGUAGAACUCAAAAAUUUGAAGCAUUAAAAAUUAGAGACAAAUUGAAGAAAAUCACAACAAUUCACAACAAUCAACUUGAAAAAAAGUUUUGCCACAGAAUGAAGAAAAAUAUCCAACAGUGAAAAAGAAAAUAGCAAUUUUCCUCAACUCCAAGGACCAGUGAAGUCAAGGUCACAUGUGAUCAUCUCCUAAGUGAAUGCAGUGUUAAAAAAUUACUAAUCAGACUAUUUUUCAAAAUAAUGGAAGGAAAUUAAAAUUUUCGUUCUCAAUAAUAAAAAAUAAAAAUCUGGAGUUUUGGAGGGGGCGUAGUUUCGUGGGCGAAAUGUAAAAACGGUAGUGACAAGUGAUUGACAAAAAAAAAAAAUCUGUUUUUGGAAUAAGAAGAGAAAUUUGAAUUUGUGAAUUUAUCAAAUUUUUUCGAUCCAAUCUUUAGUGAACACACCUUGUGUUAUGGUGUCGAUAGGUUUCCUCGAAGCUGGACGAAGAAGAUCGAAAUCUGAGGAGAAAUUUAAAGAGGAGAAGCUUCUGUGUUUGAUAUAAUUUCUACAUGUGCUGAUCUUUAAAAGUUUAUACCAGUUUUGUCAUUCAAGGAUUAAGUUGGAGUUUAAUUACGAGUUGAAAUACUAUGAUGGUGAUGAAGUCGUGCCACUGGUUUCUCAUAGGAAUAAUCCUGACUCUUCGAACAAUUUGCCAAACAACAGAAGAAAGUACAUUCAUAGCCGAAACAAAAUUAUCCACAAAUUUUCCCACAUCAGAUCCAUUUCUCGGAACGAUUAUUGCAGUUGACCAAGAUUCAUUAUCAAGAGAGAGUAAUCGAACUGAUUCAAAUUUCAAUUUAUCUCGAAAACGAAGAUUUGUCAGAUUUCCAAGUGGACCUGGAUAUGCAUUCGAGGGACAACAACAUCCCAGGUCAAUUGGCUUGGCAAAUAUGCGUUUUGGACCUCAGGCACAAUUCUCCAGUUGGAGACAACAGAAAUCAUUUUGGCGUCCUCCUGUUUCGGGACCACCUAUCGCUGAAUUAACCAGGCCAGUCAUGGGUCAUCGAACGCCGAGAUUAAUUUUUCGCGACAAUGAUUUUCCGGCCGCGACCGGUAAUGGAGUCAGCAGUAAUUUCUUUCAAUCCAAUCAGCUUCCUGAUCUUGAAGAGGAAAUCCGAGAUCACCGAAAGCAAUUAAUCAACGAAUACCCGCGACUUGAGACCGAAUCGCGAAUUCAAAAAAGACCCGUUUGGGAAGGUGACGAUUCAUUGUGCACUGACGGACGGAGCUGUGAAUUUUUUCUAUUAUGCUGGAUGUCUUCCGGUUUCUUGGACGGAAGUUGUGGUGGAUUAAUGUACGCGUGUUGUCAUCGAAACAAAGAAUCCGCAAAGGCAAGUUCCGAUUAUAAUCUCGCCGAUGCUGCUAGAGAAGAGAAUCUACUUCUCUCUACGGAUUCUUACUCCGAAGAGUCGCCAAAUGACGAUCGCUGUGGAAUAUCGGCCACGAAACAAACCGCUCAAAGAAGAAUUGUCGGUGGUGACGAAGCUGGUUUUGGAAGUUUUCCAUGGCAGGCAUAUAUUAGAAUUGGAUCCAGUAGAUGUGGAGGAACGUUGGUGAACCGUUUUCACGUGGUAACUGCUGGUCACUGUGUUGCCAAGGCAUCAGCAAGACAAGUACAGGUCACACUUGGUGAUUACGUUGUGAAUUCUGCAACGGAAUCACUUCCUGCCUACACAUUUGGAGUGAGGGAAAUUCGAGUGCAUCCUUAUUUUAAAUUUACUCCACAAGCAGAUAGAUUUGAUGUUGCUGUGCUCAGAUUGGAUCGACCGGUUCAUUACAUGCCUCAUAUAGCACCAAUUUGCUUACCGGAAAAAAAUGAAGAUUUCUUAGGACAAUACGGGUGGGCUGCAGGUUGGGGAGCUCUUCAAGCGGGUUCGAGAUUAAGGCCAAAAACGCUCCAAGCUGUAGAUGUACCAGUUAUUGACAAUAGAGUUUGUGAAAGGUGGCAUCGUUCUAAUGGAAUUAAUGUUGUCAUUUAUGAUGAAAUGAUGUGCGCUGGUUAUCGUGGCGGUGGCAAAGAUUCUUGUCAGGGCGACAGUGGAGGACCAUUAAUGUUGGAAAAAACGGGAAGAUGGUAUCUGAUUGGAAUAGUAUCAGCCGGAUAUUCUUGCGCUCAACCAGGACAGCCAGGGAUUUAUCAUAGAGUAGCCAAAACCGUUGAUUGGAUAACUUACGUAAUAAAUUCUUAAAAAAAAAGAAAAUUUUUUAUCAUAAAAAAUAGCAGUGAUUUUAAUUAAAUGAAACUAGGACUUUGAAUUAUUUUCUACUAUUCAAGAUUAUAACAUAGAAUGGAUUUCCAUUCCGAAGACUGCCAAUAUCAUUUUUUCUGAGAAAUGGACUUUAAAAAAUAGAAAUAAUUUAAAAAUAUUAUCGAAACAAAUAGAUACUUUGACUUUGCAAAUCAUAUAUCAAAAGACAAAAAAAGAAUUAAAUUAUUUAUUUUUGCAAAAAAAAAAAAAAAAAUUUCCAAAGACAAAAAUAUGAAAUAUUUAUUGUUUCAUUGUUUUUUAAAAU